CUUUAUAUAGGCAUACGUUUACAAUGAUGUGGAUAGCCUAAUGACGAUCUAGAAGCAGGAAGCAGGAAGAGUUGAGAAAUAUUUUUGACGGUGAACUGUUCCUGCACGGCGGUUUCUGACGAUGGCAUCAGCUAGUCUUGAUAGUAACUCUGAGAAGAGCUCUUCUUCUGUCGAGAAAGGGUUUCCUGGAUCCGAUCACAGGGGAAAGAGAAAGCGCCACAGAGAAGAGAAUUGGAAUACACCAUCAACAUCAUCAGCUAGUCUUGAUAGUAACUCUGAGAAGAGCUCUUCUUCUGUCGAGAAAGGGUUUCCUGGAUCCGAUCACAGGGGAAAGAGAAAGCGCCACAGAGAAGAGAAUUGGAAUACACCAUCAACAUCAUCAGCUAGUCUUGAUAGUAACUCUGAGAAGAGCUCUUCUUCUGUCGAGAAAGGGUUUCCUGGAUCCGAUCACAGGGGAAAGAGAAAGCGCCACAGAGAAGAGAAUUGGAAUACACCAUCAACAUCAUCAGCUAGUCUUGAUAGUAACUCUGAGAAGAGCUCUUCUUCUGUCGAGAAAGGGUUUCCUGGAUCCGAUCACAGGGGAAAGAGAAAGCGCCACAGAGAAGAGAAUUGGAAUACACCAUCAACAUAUUCACCACCACCGAAGAAGUAUUGCCCAAAUACUAUUCCCAAUCAAAACAGGAUGGAAAAGAAACCCACUGCACUACCCAAGCCUGUGUCUUCAAAACCAGAACGUUCCAGAGAAGAGCCCAUAGAUAACGAGAGUGCGAAUGAAGACCAAAUUCGGUCGUCUGAAUUCGUUCAUUCCAUGAGUGAAGCGUAUGCUAUUGUUAACGAUUUGAAAGAAACUCAUUCCAAGAGCAAGAAGUUGGAAUGCUUCGUAUUUUCAAAGAAGAAUUUCGCUGCGGCCAUCGUUGGAGAAAAGGGAGCAAUAAUUUCGUUUUCUGACCAGUCGGCCUCAUUAAACAUCCCUAAAGGCGCCCUCAAGAAGGAACAAGAAAUUCUCUUAUUUCGUCCUUUGGAUCAAGGCGAGAUUAUUCAUCAGCAAGAUGGCAAACCAUUCAACGCGUUUAGCUCAAUGAUCCAUUGCGGCCCUGAGGGCACCUCGUUCGAGCGCCCAGUGAGCCUGACAUUUGAUCACUGUGCGGUACUGCAAAAAGACCAGUCACUGGAUGUGAUCAGACGAGCCAAUGCAGCUUCAGGAUGGGCAGAAAUCAAGUCAGAAGGUGUCGAAGUCUCGAAGAAUGAGGUGGUCGUUGAAAUUUCUAACUUCUCCGACUACUGCGCCGGCAGUAGCUCCAACCGCAUACAAGCGCAUCGGUGUCUGGUGUCAGUUGUGAGGCGUAUUGGUUUGGAACGCCUUGAGAUAGAUAUCCACAUACUGAUGUAUUUCGAAAACAAUCGGGAUUGCGUACAGGAUAAACUUUCAGCAAUCAGGAAUAAACCCGAAAAUACUGGUUGCGAAAUCAAACGCCUGUGUGUUAAAGUCGACCCGAAUAGCGGAAUAAAAUUUCAAUACAUCAAUGACCCCAAGUCCUCUCCUCGAUUAGCUGAAGAUAUACAUGUAGUCACAUUCAAGCUUGAUCUCGAGCAGCAGGAACAAGACAGUCCGCGCAUUAUUUCAAUCAGUCAAGGAGACGACGCCCCAUUGGCUAUCUUGGCAGUGUCUGAAACUGACCACAGAUUAGAACACGAUAUUAUUUAUGAUCACAUACCGGUGCAGGUUAGCCCUGAAAGCAGUACAGACGUUUCCAUACCAUGUCAGCAGGACAUCGCUGAUAAUCCACGGGUGGCGCAGGUUAGCAACGAUCAGGCACCGGAGGAAGCCUGCUGUUUGGCACAACGCCAUGGACUUCAGGUCAGACCUCUUCGCUUGCCGGUGGGAACAGAAGCAAAUAGUCUUGGGGUCGAACAAGUCAUGCCUUCUGCUGUUCAUGGUAUCAGCAUAGAUGCCGAAGAGGCCGUUGUACACAGCGAUGUGGAGAGUGACGAUAGCAGGCCGAUGGGAACAGUAGCAAAUAGUCAUGGGGUCGAACAAGUCAUGCCUUCUGCUGUUCAUGGUACCAGCAUAGAUGCCGAAGAGGCCGUUGUACACAGCGAUGUGGAGAGUGACGAUAGCAGGCCGAUGGGAACAGUAGCAAAUAGUCAUGGGGUCGAACAAGUCAUGCCUUCUGCUGUUCAUGGUACCAGCAUAGAUGCCGAAGAGACCGUUGUACACAGCGAUGUGGAGAGUGACGAUAGCAGGCCGAUGGGAACAGUAGCAAAUAGUCAUGGGGUCGAACAAGUCAUGCCUUCUGCUGUUCAUGGUACCAGCAUAGAUGCCGAAGAGGCCGUUGUACACAGCGAUGUGGAGAGUGACGAUAGCAGGCCGAUGGGAACAGUAGCAAAUAGUCAUGGGGUCGAACAAGUCAUGCCUUCUGCUGUUCAUGGUACCAGCAUAGAUGACGAAGAGGCCGUUGUACACAGCGAUGUGGAGAGUGACGAUAGCAGGCCGAUGGGAACAGUAGCAAAUAGUCAUGGGGUCGAACAAGUCAUGCCUUCUGCUGUUAACGGUACCAGCAUAGAUGUCGAAGAGGCUGCUGUACACGAUAACCGCGGACACCUUAAGAACCAGCACUACAUUUCCCAAUGGCAUGCAUCGGUUCGGCUCGAUUCAAAGUUCAGAAGAUACAUUGCAGUUUGAAGGGUGAUAUGAUAAUCAAUGUUAUGAAAUACUGGCGAUCUUACCCAAGACACGGGCUAUAAACAGAAGACUCGGACACAUUAUUUCUACAACAGUUGUGAUUAUUUAUGAUAGGUGAAGACAUUUUAUCGAAAAUAACAUUUCAACUCAAAGUAGUUUGUCCAGAACGAAAGAUUUUUUGUUUCGUCAAAAUACGUCCUGUAUAAACAGCUAGAAUACAUCGAUUUCUUAAUUAACGGCGAACGUUUUAUAGUACACGUAAUAUGCUUAUUUACAGUAUACGAUGAAGAUGUUGCAAAAAUGAUAAAUGUAAUUUAUGAUGAUUAUCUGUAAAAAUAAUUUUUAAGUCAAAUUCGUCUUAGAUAUUGAAUAUCUGGAAUGAUAUGAAACGAAGCUGUUUAAUUUUUAACUCACAGACACCAUUUUGUUACCUGAUUUUUGUACGCCAUCAAUCAAUGACCUAAUUUUUUACAGUGUUAUAUUGGUCUGUGAUGUCGUCUCACUGCGGUGCGUGCCGGUGUAACAGUAACAAAUGCCCCCCUGGAAAAAGUGUCCGGCCCUAUUGUAUUCUGCAAUAUGGUUCUAUAGAGACCCUGCCGUCAAUAGCUCAGAGAUUGAAGCGCAUAAUAGAAUCCUUUGUUUUCCGGGCAUUCUAUCCUAGGACAUUUUAAACUUCUACACCGGCACCAGAGAUAAUUUCCGUUCUCAGCAUAUUUGCGAUGACUGAAACAAUUCACCUUCCUUGUAGUAUUCACAUAUGAUAAACCCAGUGGACACAUUGCAUGUCAUAACAUAUAUCGGUAUCAUCAAGUAUAGAUUGGAGAAGAAUGAACAACUCAAAAUAACCCCAUAGAUACAUGUAAGUGUUUUUUAAUUGCAUGGUGCUCAGUUGCAAUUGACCCCAGCAGUUUGCAAGGAUUGAUGUUAAAGGCAGGACGAACACGCACAAAAUGAUACCUCUCCCAUUUUCAUACUUGCUAUAAUAACUGAGCUACUUCGAUUUUUUUUGAAAGGGCAAAACCAUGAAAUUUUCUCCUUUUUUCCUUAUUCAUCACGUAGAUAGGCACUCGGCCUUUUUUUAUUUUAAAAACUUUUAAAUUUUAAAGAGCCAAUUAACACAUCUUGUUUGCGUGGACUGUUUAGUUCGAGGCUACAAUAAACGAAUUCGGGCAGAAGCAAUCCGAGAAGCUAAACAGUUAAUGAAUUAGAGCUAAUUUAGUUACCAAAAAACCCUACAUUUGAAAUUAGAACUAUAAAGUGCUAGUCUUUCUAACCAAUAGCUAGUUAAACAUUCUUCUUUAAUCCAUACUUGGUAUCAGGGGUGGGGUCUUUCAUUUCAACAUAUCGAUGACAUAUAUGUUGCCUGCAUGGAGAAAAUGUAUCCGGAAAUUACCAAGUUUGCCAUAUCGUACACACUGUACCCUACUUCCUUUGAUUUUACAGGAUGUUUCAAUACAACUACAGGUUGAAUAUUUUGUAACCCUUUUCAGUUCUACAUUUUGUAAUAACUCGUAUUUAAGGGUUUGUAAAAGUAAAAUUGAGGGGGAAGUCGAUCAUCCAGUGGGAGGAGUUUUAACUAUUUGAUAUUAAAAAAUGGGUGGGAAGGAUUUUGCUUUUUGAACUGUGUGUUAACUUUGUAUAUCUUUGUUAGACAAACAUAGCCCUACAUGUAUGUAUAGUAAAUUUGUAAGGCUAUGAUUAAAUAAGAAAAGUAUAGAGGAAGUGAUAGUAUGAAUAAAAAACAGUAAUUUUGUUUAAAUGAGGGAUUUAAUACAAUAUGAUAUCUUAACGCGUUUCAGCUGUCCAGCUUUUUCAAAGUAUGUACAACAUAUUGUGAGCUUACAGCACUUGAAAUCAUUACUAACAUGACGAUAUUGUUUACAAAAUAUUUGGGUAACUCUUUAUGUAGAAAUCAAAGACUAAAUACAUGUAAUUUUAUGAAGGUUAUAUAUUUGAUUGACAUCCUUUGUAUUAUCAGUUGUGUGUAAAAAAUAAACAUGUACAUAUCCUUAAAUAACACUCGGAAACAUUGUACAAGCACCAAUUUCGAACAAAUAACGCGCGAGCAUCCAUGCAUGUAGCGAGCAUUGUGAUUGACUGUUGAGGUCGCCUGGCGUUAGAAACGGGAUCUAAAUAUAGUUGGACCAACAGUAAAUGUAAACCCUACGUCCUAGUUGUCCCUCAAAUAUGACCGUUAGUGGGCCCCUUACCAUGGGUAUAGUCAUUCAACAAUGAAACCUUUUGUGUUCGAGACGCAAAUUCAAACAAAUCGAUGUGAGCUCCCUGACUAUCAACCCCUGGAAAGUUUUGUAUUGCACUGCCUUACAUGUACAUGUAUCAUAACCCAUCGGGAAUUAAAGAACUGUCUUUAAAAAAGUAGUUUGGCGCAGUACGAGACAAUGUGUGCUUUGAUUACUUGUGUACUUUUUUCAGAUUAAGCUUUGCUUUAACUAAUAUUUGUCUAAAGAGACACAUUAGCUACAUAUAGGUACCAUUAUUAUUUUAAAAAAUUGUUCGAGUGUGUUAUACCGAUGUGUAACUACUUCUUCUCAAAUAUAAAAAAGUGAUGAGAAAUAUUCCUAAAAAUUUCACCAUAUUCGAAAAAGCUGACCAUAUGGCCCCAGCAAUCGAUUUGGGUCAAAGAACUAUAAAAGAAUCGGUCAACAGGACAAAAUCCGAUUACCAGUUGCAGUUUUAGCAGGAUAUCUAUCAAUCUGUCAUAACCAUGGGUUGCUGAAUGACCAGGUCGCGCUAAAAUUUCUGCAUGUGAAAUUUUUUUAACUGCUGAGUGAUGAAACCAGACCAGUUAAUAGUUUGUAAAAAUAUCACGAUGGGACAUUUCUGGAUGAUCUCAAAGCACGGGUGUCAGGGUUUGCCUCGGUGUCCCAUGGUUUGCCUUGGUGUUUCAUGGUUUUCGACCCAUGUGCUAUAUUUUGGUUGACAGUAUUUUGAUACACCCGCGAAACAAGAUUUAUGUGAUACUCAUUGUAAACAGAGCCUGUGAUUGUUUUCUGGAAUGAUUUAUUGAAUAAAGAAAUA